UCAUCAUUGCGGCUUAUAAACUCAGAGGACUGGAAAUGCCAAGCCCCUGUUUGUUUAUUGUUUAUUAUUCUGUCUUCGCAAAAUAUAAACAAAUCAUGUCCCUUAAAAAACCCAACUUUUCCUCGCAAUUCUCGUCGAACCUUCGUGCUCUCAAAUGCCAUGGAUUCAAAAUCCCAAGCUGAGGAGAACAAGCAUUCACUAAUAAUAAUACCCCUUGCCAAAGAUUUUUCAAAUGGGUCCUCGCAUCAAGGGAUUCUUUGGGAUUUGCCCUUCUUCUUCUUUGUUAGAUUGCUGCUGAUGGUGGUUUUAUAGGGCUGAGGGUGGUAUCUUCAAGUGAAGUAUCUUGAACCUUGCAAAUUUCUCUGGUAUGUUUUUUACAUGAACAGAUAGGAGUGAAGUUUGUUAGAGCAAAUGUUAAAAUUACUCUUCUAUGGCCUGCUAGUCUCUUCCCUUCUUCUCCUUCCAUCAUCUGCCAUUGAAAUUGGCUACCCUCGCUGUAACUGCGACGGCGAUAGCCUAUGGACCGUCGAAGGCAUCCUCCAAUGCCAAAAAGUUAGUGACUUUCUCAUUGCAGCUGCCUAUUUCUCUAUCCCUUUAGAGCUCCUAUACUUUGCAACUUGCUCCAGUUUAUUCCCGUUCAAAUGGAUUGUGAUUCAGUUUGGCGCUUUUAUCGUUCUUUGUGGGCUUACCCACCUUCUCAAUGUGUUCACAUAUGAGCCUCAUUCGUUUCUAUUGAUGCUGAGCCUCACCAUCUCCAAAUUCUUCACUGCCCUUGUCUCCUUUGCAACGGCGAUAACCCUGUUAACUUUGAUCCCUCAGUUGUUAAGAAUCAAGGUGAGAGAGAAUUUCUUGAGGAUAAAAGCCCGGGAAUUAGAUCGAGAGGUUGGAAUGAUGAAGAUGCAGGAGGAAGCAAGUUGGCAUGUUAGAAUGUUGACUCAAGAAAUCAGGAAAUCCCUUGAUAGGCACACAAUCUUGUACACUACUUUGGUGGAGCUAUCAAAUACUUUGGGGUUGCAGAAUUGUGCGGUUUGGAUGCCAAGUGAGGAUAAGAAAGAGAUGAACUUGACUCACGAGCUGAGACUGAGGAACCCUUCUGAUCUGUACAGUAGUUCCGUUGCUAUUGAUGACCCGGAUGUAUUGGAGAUCAAAGAAGCCGAGGGGGUGAAGAUAUUAAGGCCAGAUUCCUUGCUUUCUUCUGCUAGCGGCCAAGGAUCUGCUAUCGAGCCAGGGCCAGUGGCUGCAAUUCGAAUGCCAAUGCUAAAGGUCUCCAAUUUCAAAGGCGGGACACCGGAGUUUAUCCAAACUCAUUAUGCAAUACUGGUCUUAGUUCUUCCCGGUGAUAAUUCUAGGGUCUGGAGUAGCCAUGAGUUAGAAAUUGUUGAAGUGGUGGCCGAUCAGGUGGCUGUUGCUCUCUCUCAUGCUUCAGUUUUGGAGGAGUCUCAGCUGAUGAGAGACAAAUUAGAGGAGCAACAUAGGGCUCUAUUAAUUGAGAAGGAGAAUGCUUUAAUGGCUAGUGAAGCGAGAAACUCGUUCCAAAAUGUGAUGAGUCAAGGAAUGAGAAGGCCGAUUCAUUCUAUUCUGGGCUUGUUGUCUAUGUUGCAACAAGAUAAAUUGAGUCCUGAACAGAGGCUUAUUGUCAAUACUAUGGCUAAAACUGGCGGUGUAGUUUCAACUUUGAUCAAUGAUGUGAUGGACAUAUCCACCGUAAAUGAUGAUGAUCGACUAACUUUGGAGAUGAGAUCCUUUCAAUUGCACUCUAUGAUUAAGGAGGUUGCUAGUGUCGCUAGAUGUCUUUGUGAUUGUAAGGGUUUUGGUUUCGGGUUUCAGAUUGAGAAUGUCGUCCCUGACCGGGUUGUUGGUGAUGAGAAGAGAAUAUUUCAAGUUAUAUUGCAUGUGGUAGCUAGUUUAUUGAAUGGGUGUGAUGAAGGAUUUGUGGCAUUUCGAGUUUGUAGCUAUAAUGAGGAUAAAGAUGGGCUAGACCUGGGAUGGAUUCCAUGGCAAUCAAAUUUUUCUGAUGGGUAUGCUUGUAUGAAAUUUGAGAUUGGGAUUAAGAAACAAGAAAAUAGUGGCUCGAGUUCAUCACUACAGUUUUUUCACCGUCCCAAUUCUAAAGGUUUUGACAUGGGCCUUAGCUUCAGCAUGUGCAAGAAAAUUGUGCAGAUGAUGCAAGGUAAUAUAUGGGCUAUCCCCAAUCCUCAAGGUCUCCCCGAGACCAUAAUUCUAGUUCUUCAGUUCCAGCUACAGCCUCUUACACCGAUAUCUGAAAUAAUACACACAGCUUCUUCAACUUCUCAGUUCAAAGGCCUCAGAGUUCUGCUAGCAGAAGACGACACAAUCAACAGGGCUAUAACCAGAAAGCUGCUUGAGAAAUUGGGUUGCCAAGUAACCUCAGUCUCAUCCGGGACCCAAUGUAUAAGUUUAUUUGGGUCCUUUGGAUCCCCACUUUAUCAAGUUAUAAUCUUGGACCUGCAAAUGUCUGAAAUGGAUGGGUUUGACAUUGCUGGAAAGCUCCGAAAGCUUCGGAGUAGAUCUUGGCCAGUGAUUUUGGCUUUGACGGCGAGCGAAGAAGGAGCAGUUUGGGAGAAAUGCUUGCAGUCUGGGAUUACUGGGCUCAUUCAUAAGCCAGUGGUGAUUAAUGCAUUAAGAGAUGAGCUCUAUAGAGUGCUGCAUAAUACUUAAAAUGUUCGACAAGCAUAAGGUUUUGUUACUAUCCAUUGUUAUACGAAAUUUAUUGUAUACAGAAUUCAAGAAGCGAUUUUUGAUUUAGACAAUAGAUCAUAUACUUAGGACUGAGAAAUUGAAUGCAGAUAAUUGGUAAAUUCAUUUAUUUUCGAUA